UUCAGGGAUGGCUUUGAGCAAGAUUACCGCAGCAGGGAGGACGAUCGAUAUGAGGGCAUUGAUCUUGACGACGAGGGCGACUACGACGCCAUGAAUCUUGGUGACAGGCGACGUCUCGAGGCCCAACUUAACCGCAGAGAUCGAGAGGUUGCCAGGCGGCAACGUCUCCCUGCCGCUUUCCUUCCUGGUGAAGAAGACGGCGAUAUCGAUCUCUCAGCCCAGCCUCGCCGUCGCAGACAUCGCUACGAUGAGGACCCUGAUGAGGAUAUGGAUGGUGAUAUCAUGGAUGAGGAGCUCUCACUCGAGGCCCUCCAUGAUGUCAAAGCUUCCAGUCUGACAGACUGGGUGUCCCAACAAGCCGUCCAGCGCACAAUCAAGAGAGAGUUCAAGGCCUUCCUCACAGAGUACAUCGAUGAUAGCGGCUCGUCAGUUUACGGCAACCGCAUCAGAACUCUUGGUGAGGUGAACGCUGAGACUCUCGAGGUCUCUUAUGAGCACCUCUCCACUUCUAAGGCCAUCUUGGCCUACUUCUUGGCCAACGCUCCUGCCGAGAUGCUCAAGCUGUUCGACGAGGUUGCUAUGGAUGUCGUUCUGCUGCAUUACCCCGAUUACGAGCGUAUCCACGCCGAGAUUCACGUCCGCAUCUUUGACCUUCCCGUUCACUACACCCUUCGCCAGCUUCGCCAGUCUCACCUCAACUGCCUUGUGCGUGUGAGCGGUGUGGUGACGAGAAGAUCCGGCGUCUUCCCUCAGCUCAAGUACGUCAAGUUUGACUGCACCAAGUGCGGUGUCACACUCGGUCCCUUCCAGCAAGAGUCCAAUGUCGAAGUCAAGGUGUCAUACUGCCAGAGCUGCCAGUCUCGCGGCCCCUUCACCCUCAACUCGGAGAAGACCGUCUACAGAAACUACCAAAAGCUCACCCUCCAAGAAUCGCCCGGCACAGUCCCUGCCGGUCGUCUUCCCCGUCACCGUGAGGUGAUUCUCCUUUGGGAUCUCAUCGACAAGGCCAAGCCUGGUGAGGAGAUCGAGGUGACCGGUAUCUACCGCAAUAGCUACGAUGCCCAGCUCAACAACCGCAACGGCUUCCCGGUCUUUGCCACUAUCCUCGAGGCCAACAACAUCAUCAAAUCUCAUGAUCAGCUCGCUGGUUUCCGCAUGACAGAUGAAGACGAACAUGAGAUCCGUCGCCUGUCCAAGGAUCCCCACAUUGUGGACAAGAUUAUCAACUCUAUUGCCCCAAGCAUUUACGGGCACACCGACAUCAAAACCGCUGUCGCACUGUCUCUCUUUGGAGGUGUAGCCAAGGUUACCACGGGCGGGCACCGCGUCAGAGGAGACAUCAAUGUGUUGCUGCUCGGCGACCCAGGUACCGCCAAGUCCCAAGUUCUCAAGUAUGUCGAAAAGACCGCCCACCGUGCCGUCUUUGCCACCGGUCAGGGUGCCUCCGCAGUCGGUCUGACAGCCUCGGUCCGCCGCGACCCUCUCACCAGCGAGUGGACGUUGGAAGGCGGCGCCCUUGUCCUGGCAGACAAGGGAACCUGCCUGAUCGACGAGUUCGACAAGAUGAACGACCAGGACAGAACAUCCAUCCACGAAGCCAUGGAGCAACAGACCAUUUCCAUCUCCAAGGCUGGUAUCGUGACUACCCUGCAGGCUAGGUGCGGCAUCAUUGCCGCCGCCAACCCCAUUGGCGGGCGAUACAACUCUUCCAUCCCCUUCAGCGCCAACGUCGAACUCACCGAGCCGAUUCUGUCCCGUUUUGACAUUUUGUGCGUGGUGAGGGACACGGUCGAGCCGGAGGAGGACGAAAGGCUGGCCAAGUUUAUUGUUGGGUCACACUCGAGAAGUCAUCCGCUGUCCCAGUCGCAGGCGGCUAACACCCAGAAUGGCGGGCAGUCGAUGGAGGUGGAGCAUGAUUCUGCCCAGCAAGAGACGCAGCAGAAUGGGAUCAAGAAGGAGGACCAGAUCCCGCAGGAGCUGCUGAGGAAGUACAUCUUGUACGCGAGGGAGAAGUGCUCGCCCAAGCUGUAUCACAUUGAUGAGGACAAGGUGGCGAGGUUGUUUGCUGACAUGAGGAGGGAGAGUUUGGCGACGGGGGCUUAUCCUAUUACUGCUAUCAUCCGUAUCGCGGAAGCUUUCUGCAAGAUGAGGUUGAGCGAGUACUGCUCUGCGCAGGAUAUUGACCGGGCGAUUGCCGUCACGGUGGAGAGUUUUGUGGGGAGUCAGAAGGUCAGCUGCAAGAAGGCGCUGGCGAGGGCUUUUGCAAAGUAUACGCUUGCUCGGCCGGGGGCUACGAACGGGACGCAGUCGCAGGGGAGGAGGGGGAGGGCGGCUGUGAGGGCUUGA